AUGGGUGCUGGGAGGGCCCACUGGGUGGUGGCUCUCCUAGUGAGCACCAUGAGGCCGGCUUCCUUCAUGUCUGAAGGCAGAGACUCCCCAGAGGAUUUUGUGAUUCAGGCGAAGGCGGACUGUUACUUCACCAACGGGACAGACAAGGUGCGCUUCGUGGUCAGGUUCAUCUUCAACCUGGAGGAGUAUUUAAAUUUCGACAGUGAUCUGGGGAUGUUUGUGGCGCUGACGGAGCUGGGGGAGCCUGAUGCUGAGCAGUGGAACAAACGCUGGGACCUCGUGGAGCAGAGCAGAGCGUCUGUGAACAUGGUCUGCCGGCAGAACUACAAGCUGGGGGCCCCCUUCACUGUGGGGAGGAAUGUGCCCCCGGAGGUGACAGUGAGCCCAGAGAGGACCCCGCUGCUUCAGCAACACAACCUGCUGCUUUGCUCUGUGACAGGCUUCUAUCCCGGGGACAUAAAUGUUAGGUGGUUUCGGAACGGACAGGAGCAGAGGUCUGGGGUCAUGUCCACUGGCCUUGUUAGGAACGGAGACUGGACCUUCCAGAUGACAGUGACGCUGGAAAUGACCCCGGAGCUUGGUGAUGUCUACAGCUGCCUCGUGGAGCACCCCAGCCUCCAGAGCCCUGUUUCUGUGGAGUGGGUGGCUCAGUCUGAAUAUUCGUGGAAGAAGAUACUGAGCGGAGGUGCAGCGUUCCUGAUUGGGCUAAUCGUCUUCCUGGUGGGGGUUGUUAUCCACGUCAAGGCUCGCAAAGCAUCUGUGGAGACCUGGUCAGGCGAUGAGGGUUUACGUUCUGAGGCCGACAAGGAAUGCGGGCUGUCAGGAACAGCGUACGUGGGAGAAAAACGAUGA